CACACACACAGACACACACAGAGGGGAACUUUGCUACAUUUGUCUGGAUGUAACUGGCUGGAUGUGGGGAUGAAUCAAAGCGGCGGGUAAUGCGCCGUGACAGCACAGAAUGAACUGAGUGAAAAAAAAUGCAUCAGAAAGUAAAUGAGUGGCGGGCAGCUGAAGAUUGGAGCCGUAAAACUAGGAGGAUAUAAGACCAAACCAAAAAAAAAACUGGGGCAGCGAGUGGCAUCCAAUUUAAUUCCCAAAUCAGGUUUAACCAAACACAUGAAAGGAUCACACACAACACCAAUAAAAAUAUUUCUUUUAAGCUGAUACAUGGCUGCUGCCUAGUAUGGCCUUCUCUUGUGCCGGGGACUGUUACACGUUAUGGCACAUAGCACAGUCUUUUCGGAAGCUCUGUCCACGAAGGUCUACCGGAAAAUUGUGGUCAUGUUGUGUGUGCUGCUGAUGUCCCUGUACUUGUUGUAUUAUCUGUCGGAUCUCUGCCACACAAUGCCCAGCCCUCUCCGUAACUCCGCAGAAGGCAGCCACCUGGCCGCAGGACUGGAGGGCUGGCAGGCGCUCCGCAGAAAGAGACUCCUGCACAAGCUUCAGGUGCGGGGCUACUGGACGGGCGAGCUCUCCGAAAAGUACUUCCGAGACCUGAGGCUGCAGUUCCAGUCCUUCAACCUCAACCCGCGAGGGGGGACCGGUGGAUCCUCGGCGGGGAAUCCGCCCAGCACCCUGAGCUUCAGCGGCGACGGAGUGAGGAAGCUCCCGCAAGCCAUCAUCAUCGGGGUGAAGAAGGGGGGCACCCGGGCCCUUCUCGAAUUUGUCCGGGUCCAUCCCGACGUCCGGGCCGUGGGCGCAGAGCCGCAUUUCUUCGACCGACACUACGACGAGGGACUGCGUUGGUACAGGGGCCUGAUGCCUAAAACACUGGAUGGACAAAUCACCAUGGAGAAAACUCCCAGUUAUUUUGUUACCAAGGAGGUAGCUGCCCGAAUCUAUGCAAUGUCCAAGGAUGCCAAGCUAAUAGUGGUGGUUCGGGACCCUGUCACUCGGGCUAUUUCUGACUACACGCAAACUCUCUCUAAAAAACCCGAUAUCCCCAGUUUUGAGAGCUUGGCCUUCAAAAACAGGACUACAGGCCUGAUUGACACCUCAUGGAGUGCUAUUCAGAUUGGCAUCUAUGCCAAGCACUUAGAGAAUUGGCUUCUUUAUUUCCCCAUGGGCCAGAUUCUGUUUGUGAGUGGAGAGAGGCUGAUCAGUGACCCAGCGGGAGAACUAGGCAAAGUCCAAGACUUUCUGGGUCUGAAGAGGAUCAUCACAGACAAACAUUUCUAUUUCAACAAGACCAAGGGCUUCCCCUGCUUGAAGAAACCAGAGGGCAGCAGCAAGCCUCAUUGCCUGGGCAAAACAAAAGGCAGAACCCAUCCCAACAUUGAGCCAGAGGUGGUUCAGAGGCUGAGAGACUUCUACCGGCCUUUCAACAUGAAAUUUUACCAAAUGACGGGACAGAACUUUGGCUGGGAUAACUGAAAUACUAAAUAUGUAAAAUAUUCCUAAUAAGACUAUAUGGAGUAAAAUAAUAAGAAAAAAGAUAUUCUGAGCAAAUUUGAUCAGGAAUCCGUUGGAAGCAAGACAACUUUAGCCUUAUGUUCAAAUAUGCAUUUUUCCUGAGUUAUUUAUUUAAACUAUUAGCCACAUAUUACACAAGGGUAUAGAAUGAGCAACCUAGCACAUUUGCUGUAGAGUUCAGUUUUACUUCGAAUUAUUUAGGAGUUUUCAACAGCUGUUUUCUCAAAACAUGCAAAAAAACUUGUUAUUUUUACAGAGUUGCUAAUUCUUUGUACUACCUUAAUAUUUUAUUCACAGAUUUCUUUAACUAAGGGUGCUAUUUCUGUACUGGUAAUUUCUUUUACCUCACUUAUGAGUUUCUAAAAGCACACAUUUAAUAAAGGUUACGG